CAACCAAUAUCGAAAAGGCCCAAAUAACCGGCCCAACCGGAUUAUAUAUCGUUCGUUCCCAAUCCUAAACCCUAAAUCCCUGAUUUGCUUCUCUCACACCAGAUCCAGCCGAAAAGAAGGCAACACAGAGCUAAACAAUCCUCAAUUCAACAUGGGAAAGGUUCACGGAUCGUUGGCUCGUGCCGGAAAAGUGAGAGGUCAAACCCCAAAGGUUGCGAAGCAGGACAAGAAGAAACAGCCACGUGGACGUGCUCACAAGCGCAUUCAAUACAACCGCCGCUUCGUCACCGCUGUUGUUGGUUUUGGAAAGAAGAGAGGGCCAAACUCAUCGGAGAAGUAAAAGCUGAAGGAAGCAUGAUCAUCAUCAGUCUUUACCUGAAAUUGUUUUUGAUGUUUGCUUAGAAAGACUUGAUUAGCUUUUUGGUUUAACAAAAUUAUGUCAUGUUCAUCAAUCUUUUGCUGAGUAUCAACCAUUUUCUCACA